AUGGGCAGCAAUGGCAAUGUUAUGAGUACAGCACAACUACUCAUUCCAAUCUUCAAAAGAGAAGGCUACGAGUUUUGGAGUAUUCGUAUGAAGACUCUUCUUAGAUGUCAAGACUUAUGGGACUUAGUAGAACAAGGCUAUGCAGAUCCUGACGACGAAGGCAAGUUGCGGGAGAAUAGGAAGAAAGACUCAAAGGCGUUGGUGAUUAUUCAACAAGCAGUCUAUUACAGUGUUUUUUUGCGGAUUGCUGCAGCAACAACGUCAAAAAAAGCGUGGCUGAUUUUACAAAAGGCAUUUCAAGGAGAUUCAAGAGUACUUGUGGUUAAAUUGCAAUCACUUAGACGAGACUUUGAGACCUUGAUGAUGAAAAAUGGAGAAUCAAUUGCUGAUAUUUUGUCACGGGCAACGACAAUUAUUAGUCAGAUACAAACAUAUGGCGAGACGAUUAAGGAUCAGACUAUAGUGGAGAAAGUAUUGAGAAGUUUGACUCCAAAGUUUGAUCACGUUGUGGCUGCAAUAGAAGAAUCAAAGAACCUGUCCACUUUCACAUUUAUUAAAUUAAUGGGAUCUCUUGAAGCAUAUGAGUCGAGAAUCAAUAGAUCGAUGGAAAGAAACGAAGAAAAAGCGUUUCAGGUAAAGGAUGUAGUUCCAAAGUAUAAUGACAAUGAUCGUGUGAUGACUCGAGGCCGAGGAAGAGGAGGAUAUCGUGGUCGAGGUCGUGGUACCGGAAAAGGGUGUAACUGA